UUUCUAGACUCAAUUGGGUAGUAUGUUUUUAUAGUCUGGUUAAUCGAAAAUCUCAUCUGCUAAUUCCACGUCAGGAAUUCCAAGUUCGGAAGAAACUUUCAGAAAAUUUUAAAAAUAAUUGUUACGAGAUUAGUCUUUUAAAAUUUCAUGCGUUUAUAUAUUCUCGUUCAAAUUUUAUAUUUAUUUCCAGACUAAAAAGUUGAUAUAAAAAUGAAUCUUCUUUUACAAGAAAUUCAGCUAGAUAUAUUUAAAUAUCUUGAUUUCGCUCAAUUAUUAAAUAUUCAGAAAAUAAAUCGUUACUUCAAAAAUUUGAUAAAUAAGCGUCAGGAUAAAUUGGCAUUGAUGGAAUUAAUUAAACUCGAAAUUUGGAUAAGUGGAAUAGAAAAAUCAAUUCCUAUGUUUUUGGGUUAUGGUGUUAAGGACGUAAAUCUCGUUAUUUUUGUAUUGUAA